CCACAAAAAAUAUAAAGAGAGAAAAAACGCACGCACGCACGCACGCACAUUCUUCCUUCUUCUUCUUCUGCAAGCCUCAAAUAAAAGAGAGAGAUUCACAUAACCUUCCCCGAAGAAUCUAGCCCCAUCUAAUCUUUUCUUUCUCUUUACAUCUUCAAUCAUAGCCGUCUGUUUUUUCAUCAGCGGUAUUUACUUCCUCCUCAGCUGGGUGGCUUUACACGUGUUUAGGCAAAAUUUGGGCAGGAACUCGAAAGGAUUUGUGGCAUUAGUGGUACUUCUUAGAGUAGAAAUCCAAUUGUUGGUUGGAGUUAUUGUCACUUGGUAAAUAUGGUGGUAGAUUCAAUAGCAGCAACAUCUUUUCUAGUGCAUCUGCCGAUGUGUCUACGAAUACCUCUCAAGGAUGUCUCUGGUAAAAGAAAACUUUCAGACAACUGCCGCCUCACGGUUACAGAAUUUAUUGGUAGAAGGGUUUUCAGUUUUCCAAGUUUGGAAGUUGAUAGGUCCAUUAGCUCAUCGAUUAGUGCUCUUGCAAUGGAACUGACAAAAGAGACUUAUUCGUUUAGAAAGGAAGAUAGAAUACCUCAUGAUUGGAACUACCAAAUAGAUGCUGACAUUGAUCGGAAACCAGGUUUGUGGCCACCUGAGAAUAAAGCAGAUAACCCUUCACUGCAGAAUCCCUUGCUUCGACAAGAAAGAAUGGGUUGUGGUUGGUUAGGUGCUAUAUUUGAGUGGGAAGGAGUUAUAAUUGAAGACAAUCCUGAUAUUGAGAAACAGGCUUGGCUCACUCUUGCAGAAGAAGGAAGAUCUCCUCCCCCAGCCUUCACUCUUAGAAGAGUAGAAGGGAUGAAGAAUGAACAGGCCGUAUCAGAAGUUCUGUGCUGGUCAAGAGACCCAACAGAAUUGAGGAGAUUGGCUUCUCGGUGGGAAGAAAUAUACAGGGCUCUGCAAGGUGGGAUAUAUAGAUUACGAGAUGGUUCUAAAGAGUUUGUGAAUGUAUUGAUGCAUUACAAGAUACCAAUGGCUUUGGUUUCAACUCGUCCAAGAAAAAUCCUGGAGACUGCGAUUGUAUCCAUUGGGAUUGAAGAGUACUUCACAGCAAUUAUAGCAGCAGAGGAUGUUCAUAGGGGAAAGCCUGAUCCAGAGAUGUUUGUGUAUGCUGCUCAACUUCUGAAGUUUAUACCUGAGCGUUGCAUUGUGUUUGGAAAUUCUAAUCAGACAGUGGAGGCUGCUCAUGAUGCACGUAUGAAGUGUGUGGCUGUGGCUAGCAAGCAUCCAGUUUAUGAGCUUGGAGCUGCUGAUUUGGUGGUGAGGCGAUUAAAUGAGCUUUCAGUGGUUGAUCUGAAGAACCUUGCUGAUAUUGAAUCAGCUGAAUUUGGCUCCUUGGAGCCAGAGUUGGAGUUGGAGGAGCAAGAAGAUUCCCCUUCCUCUUCAACUACAGACGAUGAUAUUUUCUGGUAACCCCCUUAUAAAUUGUACAGAUUAUGUGCUUCAUCCAAUUCUUGAACAUAAUAGUCCUACGAUGCCCUUGUUAUGUAUAAUCAAGGAGCCAGGGAAAAAAAUAAUAAAAAAAUUAGUAAACAGUAAAUAGUGGUCCACAUUGGAUUGCCUAGAUGGUAUCAUGUAUGUAAUAUUUGUACAAUAUAUAUGUUUGGUACUCUGAAUCGCUAUCUAGUGCUUCUAUUUCUAUUCAA